CUUCUCUCGCUCGCGCGCGUCACAAAAGUCCAUGCCACGUGAGAGAAUUUAGUUUCUCGCUUGAGAACGGGAAACCUCGCGAUAGUUUAGGAGCGUAGGAUUCAAUAGGGAUCGUCGCUAUGACCUCCGCGUUGGAAAACUACAUCAACCGUACUGUUGCUGUGAUUACUUCAGAUGGUCGAAUGAUUGUGGGCACUCUCAAGGGCUUUGAUCAGACAAUCAAUUUGAUUUUGGAUGAGAGCCAUGAAAGAGUAUUCAGUUCUUCACAAGGAGUGGAACAAGUAGUAUUAGGAUUAUACAUUGUGAGAGGAGAUAAUGUAGCUGUAAUUGGAGAAAUAGAUGAAGAAACAGAUUCAGCCCUUGACUUGGGAAAUAUUCGAGCAGAACCUUUGAAUUCAGUUGUACAUUGAAAGACAAAAGAAUAAGGACUGCUUUACAGAAUUAUUUAUACAAUGGCAUGACUCCUUUUUAAAAUCUGCAUAAUUGGAUCAUUUAUACUUAUUUUUUACUGUUAUAGCUUUAUGUAAAUUGAAGUAUACAUUUUACUACUGACUCAUGUAUUUAGAACUCCAACAUAGCAAUUGGAAAAAGCAACUUUAAAAACUGUUAUCUAGAAGUGUUAUAGCUUAGAACAUAAGGAAAUGAAAAUUCUAAACUGCUGACACAAAAAGAAUAUUUUGCUAGGAAAAACAUUCAGAAAAAGCAAUAUUUUAAAAUUAUAUUAAAUAAAUCACAUUACGUACAAGUGUACUUUAUAAAUAAAAAAUAUUUUUAAUUUCUUAAAAAA